ACGACGCUGAAGAGCGAAAGACCAGAGCCGCUGCCUCGGAAGCAAUGCCCAGGUGAUCCUGAUGGGAGUAUGGCAAACGGGAGAGUGAAUGAUGGGCAAAGGGGAUAGGGGGGCCCGGGCUCAAAGGGUUUCAAAGUUUGCGGCAUCAAUCCUGCGCGGUCGUAGUUCACCAACGAUGGGAGGCAAGGGCAAGGGCCGCACAUGGCUUCUCGAUAGGAUUGUAAAGGCGGCGGCAUUGAUGAGCCUGUGUCACGUCGCUCAAUCGCCGCGGCAAAAAGGUGGGUGUGGCUCAGCAAGCACGCGUCGAAGCCAGCGACAGCCAAGAUCGAAGGAGCUGGGGUUUCCUCAGGAAGAAAUGACGAUUCAGGCGAUUGCGGAGAUAUCAUGCUACACUGACGAGCGUAGAUUGAGCUCUCCCUUCUCCUGUGCCAUCGUCGUCGACUGGUCAUUGUCCCCCGACUUGGCCCCGCUUUUGCUUGCUGUUGUUCUCCAUGUCGACUCGCGGCGCCACACCUGGCCCGCCGUGCAGGCUUGCAGCUCGCUCUCACGCGAGAGAGGGGCACGGCGUUCCGCCGAGAUAUCUCAGAGCGAGAAGUGUUGAUUGAUUCCAAUUUGCCCGUGGAUCGUAGCCACCCUCUUUGUCCUAAUACAACUCUCCAUCAUCUCCCUUCGACCCAACCCCACUGUGUCGCUCUUUUAAACGUCUCUGGGCUGCGAUCUGAGUGUCAAAGCAGAGCAGAGCAGAGCAGAGCCGGCUGGCUGGCGUUCGCCGAUACCCCAGUCACUCGCCGCUCCUC